CGAUUCGCCCAGAAACGCAGCACGAUGCGGACUCUGAAACGGGGUCAAAAAAUACACCAUUAUCUGGAAAGUCGCUGAACAACCGCACCUCUGUGGGACCCCCACAGUCGUCCCGGUGUGUCCGCUGCCCGUUUGGAUGUCUGAAAAGAAGAGAAAGAGGGAAUAUUUUUCUCAGAGGAACCACUUUUUCCCAGGCUAGGCUACUCGUUUCGUUUUUUUCCUGUGGGGAAAAGAAGCAGAGGAGGAGGAGAAGGAGAAGGAGAGGGAGGAGGAGGAGGACGCCACCCGAGAGCUAACCGUAUUUCAGCAGACUGAAUGAGGUGGGAAUACUGAAAGGAUGACUGCUUGAUUUAUUUCCCGGUUUCUACCAUUUCUACGGCUCUACCUCGCCUUUUCCCCCCUCCAACCUUCCUCCGGACUCGCUAUGGUGGACUCGAGUGCGAUGAGGAAGACUUUCGUGGUCCCGGACAUAAAGCCUUUGGAUCAGUACGAUUUCAGCAGAGCCAGGAUCUGCUGCAGUGUGGGCUGGCUGCUGGCGAAAUCCUACGGCAAUGCAGAGAAUGUUCCGGUGGAGCUACGAGACCCAUUCUACUGCGACCAAUACGAGCAGGAGCACCUGAAGCCGCCCGUGACCCGGCUACUGCUGUCACCCGACCUCUACUGCCGCACAUACGGCCUGCUACUGGCCGGAGGCUCUGGGGCUGAAGGGCCUCCCAGAGACAAUGCCGCCCUCCUGCAGACCCUCAGCAAAAAGGGCCUGGUUCCAAAAGAUCAGAACAUCCCUGUGACCGAAGCUGACCUCAGCCACAAACCCAUCAAAAUGACUGCCCACUUGGCUUUGAUAGACGUGCUGAUGGCAGUGGGUGCCAUGGAGACGUUGAGCACGGUGCGGGCGAGUGGAGGAGCAGAUCUGAUCGAGGGAGAGGCUGACUGGGAGAGUGCCCUGCUGCACUGGGUCAACACGUUAAAUCAGAAGCUGAAGGAAAGGACAGAGAAUGACCAAACCCAGCCUAGCGCUGAGCCACAGCCUGUUCAGCCCUCGCUCCGGUACAGGAAGGAUAAGAUGCUGUCUAAGCUCAAGCCCUGUUUUCCUGUGGUAAAGGAAGUGAAGGAUCUCUCCAAUGGCUGUGCCAUAGCUGCUGUCAUACACUACUACUGCCCCGACCUGCUGCGCCUAGAAGAUGUUUGCAUGAAGGAUGCAAUGUCUCUGGCUGAUAGUCUGUACAAUCUACAGCUCAUUCGGGAGUUCUCAGACAGCUGUCUGAAGAGCUGCUGCCACCUAGUGUUAGAGGACAUGCUUUACAGCCCUCCAGAGUUACAGGUGAACAUACUGAGCUUUCUGGCAGAGCUCCUAUAUUGGUUUGAGGUUUCGAAGCCUGAGUUCGUUCAGCCCCUGCAGGCCCCAGAGCUGACUGAAUCCUCUGGUAGGACUGACAAUGGCAACGGUGGAAGCAGCAACAGUAGCUCUCCCUCGAUCUUUAAAAAGCCCUUUCUGCCGAUUUCCUCCCCCAUCACCCCAGCUCCAGGCUCUUUGACUCAGUCUACCUCAAUGUCUCAUGUAGAGGCAGCUGGACGAACAUCGACUAAGAAACCUCCCAGUCGCUCUCUGUCCUCCGCAGUGUCCUUCAGCAUCCCCUUCGGUCUAGACAGCGAUGUGGAUAUAGUGAUGGGCAACCCUGUGAUAACCCGCUCAGUCAGCUCUGACAACCUAAAUCCCGUAGGACAGCCCAAGACACGUGUCCCAUACACUCCUCCAGAGGACCUCACUCACCUGCUGACCAAGCCUUCAGGCCCCAAUGGCCCGCACCGUGCCUCCUGGGCCACCCAGAGCCCAAAGGUGCCCCUACUGGCUGAGGAGAAUGGCCUGGAUGAGAGCGAGACAGGUGAGUUGCCCACCAUUGAGGAGGCCCUGCAGAUCAUCCACAAUGAGGGCAAAAUGGAGCCCCGGCUGCAUCCAGAUGGGGCGCCCGACGGCUUCUACUUGCACUCGCCAGAUGAUCCAUCCAACCGCAGACACAACGGAGGCCCAGCAGCCCUCAGUUGCUCUGCCCCGUCAAACUCAGGAAUGCAGCACCGGCCAUCUGGGGUCACACGUGAGCCUGGCCGUACCAGACACACAUCAGAGGGGUCAAGAGACGAUGACUCUGUGCUCAGAGAUGGGAGCGUGGACUCAGACGCGUCUGAGGACCUCCCCAAAGUGCAUUCUACGCCCGCAACCCCUGCAGGAGGUGCAAGAAUUGUCCGCCCCCAGGGUGCUGAGACCCCAGACAGUGGAAUAAAAAUGACCAGCUUCGCCGAGCGCAAGAAGAAAGUAGUACCAGAGGAGCCCAAACCUAGCGAGCAAGCAGCCCCGCAGAUGACUACCUGGGCAGCUAAAAAGGCAGAAGAGAGCCCUGGCAAAAGCCCAACUCUCAGCAGUGAGAUGUCGGAGUUGGGCGCCAGGCUGGAGGAGAAACGCAAGGCCAUUGAAGCACAGAAAAAACGCAUCGAGGCCAUCUUCGCCAAGCAUCGACAGAGGCUGGGCAAGAGCGCUUUUUUGCAGCUCAAGAAGGAGGAAUCCGAAGAGGGAGGCCAGGGGGAGAUCGGUUCCUCCUCUGCCGAGCUAGAUGAGAGAUUAGCACGCUUGGAGAAUGAGGAACGACAGGAUGAGGAGGAGGAGCAGAAGAAACAGCGCUCUCUAUUGGAGGAUGAGGGUAAUGCCUCAAAGCAAGCCUCGGUACAGCAAGCCCCUAAAGAAAAGCCAGUGGCAGGUACACUGGGAGAAAAGAGCACAGUCCCUCUGGGUGACUACAACAACGCUGUAUCAAAGCUGAACGCGGCUCUCAGCUCACUGCAGAGCGAUAUGCAACGGCUAUCCGAGCAGCAAAGUCAGCUGAUGAAGAAGAAGGCCCAACCUUCCACCCAAGCCUGGGUAAUCCCACCCAGCACAAAAACAUCCACUCCAGCACCUCCACGACUAUCCAGGGAGUCAACCCGUGAAUUGCCCCCCACCUCCGCCUCCUCGUCCCCCUCCCCAUCCCGCAGGGUCACCGCUCAGGCCACGCCCCCUAAGUCACCUGGCUCCCACCGGCGGGCACAGUCUGCACCCCCCAAAAGCCCCAAACACCACCAGCCCCACUCACGGUCAUCUGACCUUAAGACACCCACACUCACUCGAGUUAUCACGGCCCCUCAAAGUGUGGACAACAUCCCCCACCGGCGCAGGGUGUCCCCAUGGCAAUACCGUGACCAGACCUCAUCCUCCUUUAGCAUUGGCUCGCCAGCAAGCCAGAGUGAAUCGCGACCAGCUUCUCAGCUACUUCGACCAGAGGAUGACAACCAUUCGGAGGCCGGUUCCAGCGAAGACCGCACUAUCUUCAGCCUGGACCUGGAAGGGGGCUCCACUGGUCAACCCAUGACAAGGAAAGAGUACCUGUCUGGUGGCGGCAGCUCUGGAGCUCCAUCUGAGUGCUCCUUUGAAAGUGACGUCCAGCCACCUUCCAUUAGUGGCAAGCGCGGCAGUCUGAUAGAAAUCUCACUGUCCUCACUGAGAGGGCUCGAGGGAGAAGAUACUGACCACGGUCCUGAUGCAAUCUCUGACUCUAUGAGUGACCUGACAGAGCCGGAGAUGAGGCCUGGAGUCGGAUUCUUCUUUAAGCAGGACGAGGCUCGGCCGGAAGACGAGAUGGCUCAGAGGAGAGCUGCAUUGCUGGAGAAGCAGCAAAAGAGAGCUGAGGAACUGAAGAGGAAGAAGCAGGAGCAGGAGAGAGAGAGGGAAGCAAGCCGAAGUGGCUCAGUGGAUGAAUUGCGGACAGCUGACAGAGUGGACCGACCCCAGACACCUUGCACCCCGCCCCCAGCACGCACCCCUCCGCCUGAGGGUACCCCACAACGGCGUGGAGACUUCACUCGGCAGGAGUAUGAACGCCGCCAGCAGCUCAAAAUCAUGGAGGACCUGGACAAAGUACUGCGGCAGAAACCCACCACUGUCCGAGGAGUCAAGAAACAGCGGCCCAAAACGGUGUUCCACGAUGACUCUGCUCUCUCCCGCAGCCCAGCUAAAGGAUUUAUGGGUUCUAGGCUGAAUAGGGUGUACUCUCAUUCCACCAAUAACCUUUCCUCCAUGGCAAAUGAUGGGACACUUACCGUCAGGAAAUCUCCAAGUCGCUCUCAUUCUCCAUCAAGACUGAUGUCCCCAGGCCGCCAGGCCAUGCAGAACGGUGAGAGGGACUGGGAAAAUGCAUCCACCAUUUCCUCCCCAGCCUCCAUCCCAGAGUACACUGGACCCAAACUGUAUAAGGAGCCAAGCUUCAAAUCCAACAAGUUCAUCAUCCAUAAUGCCAUCUCCCGCUGCUGUUUGGCAGGCAAGGUCAAUGAACCGCAGAAAAACAAGAUUAUAGAGGAAAUGGAGAAGAGUACCGCCAACCACUUCCUCAUCCUUUUCCGGGACUCGAGCUGCCAGUUCCGUGCGGUUUACACCAUGAACCCAGAGACAGAAGAGCUGGUGCGUCUGACUGGAAUCGGCCCAAGGAUUAUCAGCCCCUCCGUGAUCGAGUCCAUCUACAAGUACAGUUCCGACCGCAAGCAGUUUACCGCAAUCCCGUCCAAAACCAUGUCGAUGAGCGUGGACGCCUUCACCAUCCCUGGCCACCUGUGGCAGAGCAAGCGUCCAGGGACACCUAAGAAGCUUGGAACCCCCAAAUGAAACAAAUGGGUCUCGCCUGAUCUGGCCAGUGAUACCCAAAUUUUCUUUCCCCCUUACCCCCUGCAGUUCAGCACCGGAGCAGAGUCGGAGCUGGGUGUGCACCACUUCUAAGAGGAGUAUUAAAUUGUGUGGUCGAAAAUCUCACAAUCUGUGGUCCCUCAGAUUCAGCAGUGCUCCAGCUGAACGCAUCCAUCUGUUCAAAUGGACAGAUGGAGAGGAAAAAAUGCCAUAGCCAUUUUCAACGUCACAAGACAACACCUUUUCUGGUGCUGUGGCCAACUGGAAUUGUACAAAACACCCUGUGUUUGACAUUUAAUCGCUGUAGAUGAAGUGACUUCUCCCAUUUCAGCCCUGCCCUUUCCAACCUGACCCCAUUCAGUCAUCAUGAAUGUGACCUUCUGGCUAUUCAGAAUGGGACCCGGCGCUGACAAACUGACACUGCUUUAAGGACAUGCCAUUAAGCCGGAGCUUAGUCUCCGUUUUCAAUCUUCCUCUUCCUUCUUCCCUUUCCUUCCUUUUUUUAUAUACAUUAAUCCUUUAUCUCUCUCUUCUCGUUUUUCUUCCUGUCUGGUCCUUCCUGUCCAGGGCACUGGAUAGCAUCAGUGAACUCAAAUCUUGAAAUACCACAGCUGAAUCCAGACUAUCAUUGCCCCUUAAUGAAUGUAGGGCACAAGCCAGCCAAGGGCUUCCCACUGUCUUUUGUCGAUGGCCAGUCAGUCCAGGGGGCUGGAGUUUCGAAAUCUUCCACUGGGGAGAAGAGGGCCAUGGUUAUUCAUGCUACUGUGCCUAAUUGUCCGAUAAGAGUGAAGGCUCGUGCUACAAUGUGUUGAGUGCCUCUAGCGUGCACACUGCAGCCCUGUCCUCUGCCUAGCCCUUACUUAAAGUUAGCUGUAGACAUCUGGAUGUUUUUUUUAAUACUACUUUUGACAUAUUUAUCCGAGUAUCAACGCUCGCCUUCGGGCCUCAGGUGAGCUGGGUUAAAACUCAGCCCAUGUAGGUUUUCCUCCAUGUGCUUCAUCUCUUUCAGUUCAUUAAGAAUGAAUGAAGAGAAAAAAUGAAGUCACUGAUUCUUUCUCUCUUCAUCUGUAACUGGAAAAAAAAUUUGGAGGAGAAAAAAAAAGACGAUCAUUUAAUGUAUAUCAUGAAUGCUGUUAAUGAUUCUUUUCAUUUUUGACUAUGAUUUGUAUAUGGCGAAGAGAGGCUUUGUUAAGGUAUGAAUAAGCUGCCCUGUGGCUUCAGCACUAGGAGCUGCACGCUUGUGCGGGUGUGGGUAUGUAUGUGAGCAUGAAAGAGAAAGAGAGUGAGACGCAAGGGAGAGAGAAAACGAAUAAAGAUCACAUCUACAGAAACGUGAUUAAAUUCCUCUCAUUUCAGGUUAAAACGCCCUGUCUGCUGAAUCUACACUGAUCACAUGCGCUAACAUGCUGUAGCAUGCAAGUAAGCCUGCAGUACAACAUGUUAAAGGAAAUACUCCAGUCUUUUUCAACUUAAUGUCUAUCUGCUGCAUCUGUAGCUUACAGUUUAUUACCAUGGAGUGUAAUUUCAACAUGUUUAUUUGAUAUUUGUAGUUAGAAAAGAACUAAAAACCUGUUGACUCGAAUAUAUUUAUAGUAGUGGCCUUUGGGCAGCUGCUGAACUUUAUAAAGAAACGGUUAAAAUGUGUUACCAUACAACUCAAAUAAACCUCGGGCAUCAUUCUGCAGUCAGCAUUUACAAAAAUGAUAUGUUUUGUCCUAUAUGCAUUUUCCCCUGACACUGGAUUCUCUGAAUUAUGAGCUUGUUUAGUCUUCUAUUAAUUUUCAUCACUAUUAUUCAACAAUACCAGCUACUCAAACUGCACACCGUUAAUGCCAAAGCUACUUGCUUAUUUAACAAAGCUUGCUGGUUUGCAUGGGUUCUUUUAUCUCUUUCAGUUCAGUAAGAUUGAAUGAAGAAAAAAAAAAAAAUGAAGUCAGUCUGUGAUUACUGAUUCUUUUUCUCUUCAGCUGUAACUGGGAUAAAAAAUUGGAGGAGGAAAAAACAGAUGAUUAUGUAAUAUAUAUUAUGAGUGCUGUUAAUGAUCCUUUUUAUUGUUGAAUAUGGUUUGUAUAUGGCGAAGAGAGGCUUUGUGCAUUAUAGCGCAAGCCAGUCAAUUCAGUGCACAGUAGAGUGUGUAGCAAUAUUCAUAUUUUGGCUCCUUAGAGACUUUAUAAUUCAAAAGAUCCAGUGACUUUGGGAGGAAAAGUGUCCAUCAAUAUAAUUCAUCAAUGUAAUGUCCGUCAUUAUCAUAUCUCCCCUAAAGAAAACCAGCUUAGACUUGGAGGUCACAAUAUGGGCAAUCCCAUUAAAGAAUGACAUCACUACGCUAGUAGCCUACCACAAAACUAGUUUAAUCUCUAAAAGAAUGAAUUAUACAGGUUUACAGUUUAAUUUACAGUUACAUUUGACUGAACUGUUCAUGAAUGUUCAUGAACAUCUACUGCAUAAUUCAGCAACUGCCCAUUGGCUUCUGUUUUAGGUGAAUCCCAAAUCAAUGGUGUUUAUAGUUCUUUUCCAAGUACAGGGAAACAUUACAGGUGCAACAGACAGAGUUUAAGCUGAAAAAAUCUUCCUUUAAGUUGUUGUUAAUUGAGAAUUAGCUUCAUGUAUAUCGGCUUUAUUCAUUUCGGGCGUGAUGCAACUGCCCCGUCGUUCUUUACGCAGAGGGCUUUCGGGCUGUUCAUACUUAAAAACCUUUGUUAAGCACUAGAACAAUUGAUUCAGCCAAACUGCUUUCUCCUGGCUCUAAGAAUGAAAAGAAUAAACUGCCUCCUGCUAAUAAAGAGGCCAUUUGCUUAUCUGAAGUGAAGAUGUGAAUAUUUUUAUAUAAACGCAAUCAUUGUUUUGUGGAGUGGUUGAAUACGUUUCUAUGUCUAGUGAAUGGGCAAUUAAUGCAUAUGUGUGAGCCGCGUGUCUGUGUCUUGUCUUGGUCCAAUGAGAGAUCAUAGUGAUGAAAGUUAUCAUAGUGAUGAAACUGGAGUCUGUGCAAUCCUCCUGUAGAAUGUUAUGUCGGUUCUGGUUUAUUUAUUGGUUAAGGACUAGCUGGAAUUACUAUUAUUAUUAUUUUCUUUGAUGUUUAGUUUCAGAUUUUUAUUAUUUAUGUUCUGGUGAGGUGGUGAUUCACACGUUCAUUUCAUACUUUAAAAGGCACAUUGAACAUACUGGCCAUUUUCUUUUUUGUCUUUGUCACCAUGUUCAUGUCGGUAGUCUUUCUUUCCUCCCCGAUUGUUCGUAAUUGCGGAUCUGUCAGUCCGAGCGACUGAUCUGAGGAAUAAAAUCAUUUUUAAAUCAU